CUCAAGAACGUCUAGGUUCAUUGUACAACAACAAAAUCAUGCCAAGAACACCACCAAAUUUCACUAAACUCCACCAUCAUCUCUCCUUGAACCUCAACUUUACCCAUGGGAGAGGUUGAUCCGGCCUUCAUCCAAGCCAUCGACAGGAGGCCGAAUCCCAAACCUAAAAACUCAUCACUUAUUGAUGGAAUCCCCACAAUUGACCUCUCAGCUCUAAGCACCGGUCUCGAGGAGAAUGACUUACGCGAAACAGAUUCAUCGCCAAGUGAUGUCUCGGGCCAUGCUAAACUGGUUUCAGAAAUAGGCCAUGCAUGCAAAAACUGGGGGUUUUUCCAAGUUGUGAAUCAUGGGGUUCCACUAGAACUGGGCAGGAAGAUUGAGGAUGUGGCCAAGAAAUUCUUUGAGCUACCAGGUGAGGAGAAGAGGAAGGUGAAGAGGGACAUGGUGAAUGCUUUGGGGUACCAUGAUGGUGAGCACACUAAGAAUGUUAGAGAUUGGAAGGAAGUGUUUGAUUUCUUGGUGGAAGAUCAGACGGCUGUCCCAGCUUCACAUGAGCCAGGUGAUGAGGAACUAAGGGUGUUGACUAAUCAGUGGCCUCAGUACCCUCCUGAGUUCAGAGAGGUCUGCCAAGAGUAUGCUCAAGCGGUCGAAAAACUAGCAUACAAGUUGCUAGGACUAAUUGCUUUGAGCUUAGGCCAGCCCAAAAACAGGUUCGAUGACUACUUCAAAGACCACCAAACGAGCUUGGUCAGACUCAAUCACUAUCCUCCAUGCCCUUCCCCUCACCUAGCUCUAGGUGUUGGCCCGCACAAGGAUGCUGGCGCCUUAACUGUCCUUGCCCAAGAUGACGUUGGAGGACUAGAAGUUAGGCGGAAAUCAGAUGGAGAGUGGAGUCCAGUCACGCCCACCCCGGAUGCCUUCAUCAUCAAUGUCGGUGACAUUGUUCAGGUUUGGAGCAACGACAAAUAUGAGAGCGUGGAGCACCGUGUGGUGGUGAAUUCUGAGAAAGAGAGAUUUUCAAUUCCUUUCUUCUUCUUCCCAGCCCACCAUGUGAUGGUGAAGCCCUUGGAGGAGCUACUGAGUGAUGGAAAUCCUGCCAAAUACAGGGAAUACAACUGGGGAAAGUUUUAUGCUACCAGAAACCGCAGUGAUUUCAAGAAACAAGAGGUGGAGAACAUCCAAAUUCAUCAUUUCAAGUUACCGGAGUAGAUAUGAGAUAGUAUAGCAUGAACGUUUGAUCACCGGUAGCAACUGGCAGCGCAAUAUUCUUUUCGCUUCUUGUGAUUACUGUGCAAUGUAACCAGGUCGGAGGCUUUGGAAUCUGCUUCUGUAACUGCUAAUAAGUGAGUUGCAUGUAAAGUCGCCUACUUUUACUUAAA